AUGGAAUCUAUCCCAAAUCAGCUGCCGGCUGGAAGAGACUCCAGCUGUUCGCCGAACUCUAAAGACUUGCAGUCUUACUCUGGCCCACCACUUAAGCCGAACCAAGUCAGUGAGACCUCUUUAUACGGAAUACCGAUCGUUUCAUUAGUCAUAGACGGUCAAGAGAGACUUUGCCUAGCCCAAAUAUCCAACACUUUGUUGAAGAACUAUAGCUAUAACGAAAUCCACAACCGGCGCGUGGCUCUGGGCAUCACCUGUGUGCAGUGCACCCCGGUCCAGCUGGAGAUCCUCAGGCGCGCGGGGGCUAUGCCCAUUUCCUCGAGACGCUGCGGGAUGAUUACAAAGCGAGAGGCCGAGAGGCUCUGCAAAUCGUUCCUGGGCGCCCACAGCCCGCCGAAAUUACCAGAAAAUUUCGCUUUUGACGUGUCGCACGAAUGCGCGUGGGGCAGCCGGGGCAAUUUCAUCCCUGCUAGGUACAACAGCUCGAGAGCCAAGUGCAUUAAGUGUUCAUUCUGCAACAUGUAUUUUUCUCCAAAUAAGUUCAUAUUUCACUCUCACCGCACGCCAGAAUCCAAAUACACACAGCCCGACGCGGCAAACUUCAAUUCUUGGAGAAGACACUUAAAACUCAGCGAUAAGAACUCAUCGGACGACGUGAUCCACGCCUGGGAAGAUGUCAAGGCCAUGUUUAACGGUGGCAGCCGCAAGAGGACGCUGCCAAUCGGUCGGUCUGAAAGUUCGCCUUCGCAACCACCCAGAGGUCAGACCCAAGGGGAACCGUCCGAUGUGCCGCACAAAACUCUCCGCUGUGAGGAUGACAGGGUGAACGUGACUAUGCCGAGCAGCAUCCGCAGUUACCCAGUUAUCCCAGUGCCCAGUAAGAGUUUUGGGAUGUUACAGAAAAUACCACCACCGCUAUUUCCGCAUCCAUACGGUUUCCCGGCGUUUGGAUUGUGUCAAAAGAAGGAUGACGGUGAGGUGAUGGGAGAGCCAAACAAAACAAACCUGUCAGGUGUGUUUUGGCCGAGCCCUAAGGACAGUGCCUAUACUUCUUUCCCCAUGUUUUGGCCUACAACAGGCAGCUUGGCCAUGCCAACGUACCACCAUGCCCAACCUAAACCUCCAUCUGACGUGUUAUGCGCCAGACAUAAUGAGCUUGACGUGUCAGAGCAAAGUGACCGAAGCACAAGCACCCCUAAAGACAGUUUACUAGAUAAUGAACGGUGCUCGAGCACUCAGUCGACCCGCAACGAGGAGGAUAAAUCUGGGGACGAGAGCAGGUCGAUAGAGGGAAUUCCACCCACCUCGAGAAAAAUAAGCUACAUUUCUGCAUUCAGGCCGGUUGUUAAAGAUGUCGAGACCAUCGCAAAAUUAUACGGCAACAGAGGGCCGUACUCUGGCCCUCGGUCCGGCUACAUGUCACCAGAUUUUCUGAGUGAAAGUUCUAGUUACAGGUCAGUGUCUCCGGACGUGGACAGUGUGGAUGAUCCGGAUGUGGAUGUGGAGUCCCAUAAGGCGCAUGAGGAUGAGGAGUGUCUGCAGCUCUCGGUGGAUGACCGACGGAGUCCGCACAGUUUGACCCUAGCGCAGAGUGAAGGGGUUAAAGGGCAAGAUCAAGAAAAUACCCAGAUGCACACCUUGAACGACCUACACUCGACGAAUUCAAGCGAAACGCGGCCGUCUGAUAUGGAGAGCCACGGCAAUAAACACACGACGCGCUUUGAAGUCUAUGCGCGUGAAAGAGACGAGCACGUGCAUCAAAUGAGCACGUCUUAUUUUGGUUCUGCGACCACUUACCAGCGCGAAACGAGUGUAAAAGAUGUGCAUGAAGAAGAGCCUUCUUCUACAGUAGAAGAGAUGGAACCCAAAAAUCAUCAGGAUGAAAAUAACAUCAGCGAGGAGCGCCUGAAGGAACCAAAUGAUGUGUGUGCAGAUGAGGAAGCAAUCUGCAAGGACACUGGCAACAGGGGCUCCUUGAUUGAGAAAAACAUAGAGAGCAUGGCCAAAGAGGAACUGCAGAAACAACUCGUGGAACAAGUCGAACUUAGAAAAAAGUUGGAGCGGGAGUUCCAGAAUCUAAAAGACAGUUUUCAAGACCAAAUGAAAAGGGAGCUUUCAUACAGAGAGGAAAUGGUGCAGCAGCUCCAGAUUGUUCGAGAAGCUCACGACGCACUACACCAUUUUUCGUGUAAGAUGCUGACUCCCCGUCACUGCACUGGGACCUGCACCUUCAAACCUCCCCUUUUACCGCCUUGA